AUGACAAUGAUGAUGAACGGAACGAGCACACAUGUCGGGGACAAUACAACGUACAGUUCUGCGUUGCGUCCAGGUUGCGGUCACGAAGGAUGGGCAUCCGGGAUGAUGUGUCUCUGGAGCAACUGGAGCAUCCAACUAUUUGUACUUCUUGGCUUGAUUCUCCAGACCUUUCUUGCUGUAUUAGGAAGCCGCAGAAAAACCUCAAGUGCCAAGCCAAUGACAGUAGUCAUUUGGGCAACUUAUUUACUCGCCUCUUAUAUCUCGACGCUUGCGCUCGGCAAGCUCUCAAGCAUCACCCUCAACAAGUCCGAUGAAGAGUACAAUACCGAACUAAUAGCACUGUUGGCGCCUUUAACUCUACUGCUGCUGGGGAAUCCCGAUAGCAUCACCGCAUUCUCAGUGGAAGAUAACUGGCUCGGCUCGAGGCAUGUGUUGAACCUCGUCAUCACGUUUCGUUACGUGGUGUGGAUCCUAGCGCGAAGUUGGAAGACCUCCGUCCGGAUGAUUCUGUACUUUCAAAUGUUCGUUGCUGGGAUAAUCGAGUACGGCGAAACAAUUUGGGCCGUCUAUUCUGCGUAUGCCGAGAACACGAAGAUGACACCAGGCCGUGUAGAGAAGAGCGCUUACCACCGGUUUAAUGGUUUAAAGCCUCACCUCGGUGACUGGCUGAAGAACCCUUACUCCAUGUCAUAUCGUAGUAUUCUGAUCGACGAAUACAUUCCUGAAGAUAUAUUCUUGAUAACUGACGUGGAACUUGGGUUCACAUAUGAUGUCCUCUACACUAAAGCACCGGUUCUCUACACAAAGUCCGGGAUAACGCUCCGGUUCAUCAGCUAUUUCAGUUUGCUGUUGACCUUAGGUGGAUUCAUUGGGCUUUUCCUUGUCAAACUCUUCAGAGAUCCGUACCUUAUCUACACGCUUGGGCUGCUGAUCGGAGUCAUGCUUCGGCAAACUUAUCAGUUGCUGGAGCUGUUCUAUUCGGAUUGGCUGAUUAUAAUGAAGUGGAAGCACCUUGAGAAUCCAAUGGUCUUGAAGUUUCUCAAAUUUCUUGUGGAAAGAUCUCUGAAGAAGGACAGGUGGUCCAACAGAAUUCGGCAAUUUAAUUUACUGGAUUUCUGCCAAUCCGAUCAACGGCCCUGGUUGUUCAGAAUCCCCUAA